AUGUCGAAUAAACCUCCCACCAAGGUCAACGGCGGCCUGACACUGCCGUUCGACAUCUCAGUCGCCAACUCCAUACCCACACAGGCCCGAAUCCCAUCCAUCAAAGCCGACAGUCUGAUCGAGAGGAUUGGCACGCCGCGCGCCAACGCGGCAGUGUCAACCACCUCACCAGAAGGGGACCAGGAAUACACGAGGCGGUUCAAGGACUACACGGUCCUGCAGCAACACGUCCUGUUCUGGGACCGCGACGCCGACGGCCAGAUCUACCCGUGGGACACGUACACUGGGCUCCGCGAGCUGGGCUUCAACAUCGCCUUCUCGCUCCUGGCGCUGCUCACUAUCCACUCGGGCUUCUCGUAUCUGACGCGACUCGGGCAUUCGUGGCUGCCGGACCCGCUGUUCCGGGUGUACGUCGGCUCGAUCCACAAGGCAAAGCAUGGGCCAGACAGCGAGACGUACGACAGCGAGGGGCGUUUCCGGCCGCAGCAGUUUGAGGGCAUGUUUGCAAAAUAUGACAAGAGCGGCGACGGCACCCUCACCUUGACGGAGUUGUUCGAGCUGAUGCACGGAAACCGCAACGUCAUGGAUCCUUUUGGGUGGGGCGCCGUUCUGUUCGAGUUCGGCACAGCCUGGCUCUUGAUACACAGGGACGGCAAAUGCCACAAGGAGGACGUCAGAGGGAUAUACGAUGGGUCCAUAUUCUGGCGCAUCCGUGAAGAGCGGACGAAAGGCCACGGGUGGAAUCAGGGCUGGGGCAUUGGAGGCGAUCGUUUCGUAGGCAGUGUCAAGGUCUAA